AUUCUAUACUUCAAGAACAAGCGGGUGUAUGCGCCACAUCUGCUCCCGUUUAAGAAUCGAUCAUCCUGUGGAAAGUGUAUGUACUGAAUGUCUGGUCGGUUUCUCAUCUGUCCACAUACACUGGGACAUCGCUUCCAGAUUCCCCUGUGUUAUUUGUGUCUUGCAGGUCAGACUUUCGGGUAGACUGAUCAAAGAUGAUUCUCUUAGGCUCCGAGUGAGUGCAGUGGCCUAACCCGGGCCUCCGUGGACAAAUCUGCAAUCUUGUGCAGCUGGUACAAUGUAUUCGGUCCAAAUUCCAAUAUACCUCGAGGCCAGCGCCGGGUAUGCCGCACACCCUGCCACAUGGUCGUAUUGUUGUCCGAGUCUACCAUAUCAUGGAUGCCCACCUCCACCUCCUCUGGGGCCUCCUCUUACCUAUGGUGGACCAGGGCCCGAUGGGUUUAUGAAUACCGACCGUGGAAGAAACCCCAUGGGCACUAACCUGAGUUCCGCGCCAACAAGGAGUUCCGGAAUGCAUGCUCACCCAGAACACAGGCUCCCCGCCACGCAGCCACGCUCAUCGCCUACAGGAACUCUCCAAUUCGGGGCUCAUGCCCCCAUCCACAUUCCAACAAGAUCUCUAGCCACCCCGUACCAUACCUUUCAUUAUAUCCCCAUUGAUCAUCGAAGAAUGCUGGGUUCGUGUCCACUAUGUUGGAGAGCCCUUCGGGGCCGAAGCCAACCCCAGGGGGAAGGACACAUGAAUGAGAGGUUUGAGGGCAUGGCCCAGGAUGCUAGAUGGAGCGGUAUCAGGAGACACAACAAUACAGCACCCGGAGCGAAUGCGCUCUCUGCAAACCCUAGCUCAAGAACUCUUAUUGAGGAACUCAGGGAGGUGAUCCGCUGCGGAUUGUGCUCCAAAAAGUUCCACGCGGUGUGCAUUAAUUGGUAUCUACGACGCGGUCAGUGGGAUAUGGGCCCAUCUCGAUGUCCCAAUUGCCUUAAUCGUUGCUCUCGUCGUUGAGUUUUUUUUCCUGGUUGCGGGCACUGGCUGGCAUCUGAAAGUAGGAUAGAAUAGAACAAUUUUAGCCAUGAGAGAAUAGCAUUGCAAUGUAUAUCAUCCCUACUCCGUAGCAUUAACCAA